ACCGGGCGCGGCAAAUUGCGCGUAAUCCUGCAGGUGCAGCCACUGGACGCCAUACGCAUUGUCUAAGGUCGUUAACUGAACGACUGGUGGCGACAAUCCAGGCGUGGUGUCGUUUGACGCGCAGCAAAUUUGGAUCCAGGGCCAACCACCCCCCGCCAUGGCUGCUUAUUUCGAAGGCAGCGGCACCUGGGUCAAACUCCUGGAACGCAAGCAGGGCAAGCUCGAACUCCACGCCGACGGCGCGGCACUCCUAAAAAGCGACGAGGGCCACGCCUCCAUAGCCCUGGGCCUCGGCGCGUCGCCCCUCCGCGCGACUUUGACUGAGCCGCCGACCGAUGAUAGUGUAGUGGCCUGGGCGCACGCGCGGCCGCUCGCGACGGCGCGCGGCUGCCGCGCGACGUACGUCGAGCUUCUCGAUUGGACGAGCGACGACAACGCCGACGCGCUCUGCUGUUUGUUACUGAGUGCUUCCGUCGUGGCGUAUAAAGCGGAGGGCGACGCCGUCCAGCAGCUCGCGCCCUGGGAGUGCCUCGGCAAGGCGUUGCAGGCCGCGCGGUACCACACCGACCGGGACGCGUCGCUCGAACCCGAACGAGAAGGCUUGAGGGAGGCCAUGCCCGUGCUGCUGUGGUGCUUUUCCGGAGAUUCUGAGGAGGGCACGGCCCAGCGGCAGCUCGAAAAGACGGUCCUCGCGUCCGAAAAAGGUUUCGGGGAGGCGGAAUCCAGAAGGAACAACGCGCGACUCUUGAUCACGUCCAUGUUUGUAAGAAGGGAGGCGGCCCGCGACGCCUUUUUGGAGCGAGCUGCCGACGCGGCGCGGCCCAAACCUUGCUUAGGACGAGCCCCUACGGGAAACAUGGUAAGAAGGGAGGUCGAGGUUUUACUGGAUGGAUUAGCGGACUGCCGGAAAGCGUCCUUAGUGGACGCCUGGACUGCUGCUGUUGAAGAAUUACAUGAAACAGCUUUGAGUGAGGCAACGAGCGCACAUGCCAAGGAUAUAAAUGAGGCCGAGCGCAUGGACUUAAGAGGUUCUAGUCUAGAAGCGGCCCUGAAGAAAGCGGCGGACGACGCCCUCACGAAAUUUUCUGAGAGAACUACAGCCGUCGCGCCUCCGCCCAAGCAAGCUCGGAAAGCACCUCCGGUGCCGACGACUCAACUAAGGGAGACGAUGCGUCAAGCGGCGCAAUCCUGUAUCCAACGCGCCUCCCAGAAGGCUUCCGAAAGGUCCGAGAAGCUCGCGGAUCAAGCGUUAGAUGCACUCGCGACGCAAGCCGACGGCGCCAUCAAUGAGGAUGACGAGGAAGGAGCACCUAUCUCACGACGGGCGGAGCUGUGGUUGCAGGCGUAUCGCGGGAGGCUGGGUCCUACUUUGUCUGAUUGUUUAGAGAAGGAGCCUACAAGUGGUGAUGCUCUAGGCCGGGCCGUCUCGACGAAGGCGCCCGAAGCCGUGGAGGAGCGCUGUAAAGCGUGUCUGGAUACGUUGACCGAGGAGCGUUCCUCACUACUCGAGGACGAGGCCAAACACAGAUUAGCGGCGAAGCGCGACGAGGAGCGGCUGAGCGAAGCCAAUGCUUCGGCGAAGCGCGACGCCGACGGCGCCCGCCAAGCGGUCGCCUUGCGCAUGAACGCUAUUGAGUCAAAAAAAGUAGCCGCCGAGAGUCUGUUGCACGAGUUGGACCAGCAGGUCGAGUCGGUGGUGCGGGGGCAGGAGCGCGUCGACGCGCGGUUACGAGAAAAGCUAGAUGGUGCCGUGGCGCGAGCCGCGGCUCGAGCGGACGACGUCUCUAGAUUGCAAUCUAGAUGUGUCGCGGAGGCUUCUGAAGCGGUCGACGCCUGUGCGGGGGCCCAGCUGAAAUUAGCGGACGCGCGGCUCGACACGCUACGUGUCAGAUGCGUCACGCUCGGCCACGAAAAGGCGAAUUUGUCCGAACACAUGGAGCUACUGGAAGAACACUUGGAGCGGCUGAAGGCCGACCUCGACCACAAGCACGCGGAAGUUAAUGAAGUAGAGCACCAGUGGUCCCAAACAAAAGCGAAAUUGCCCUCCCUCAAGGCGAAGUUCGGGGAGGCGGACCGGAGGAGGGCUACUCUCGCGGAUCUCGCGCGCCGCCUGAAGGCGCACAUCCGCGACGCGACGCGCGGCGGCCAGUUGCCGCGGUUAUUGCUCAAUCAUUUGGACCCGAUGGAGCGGCAGGCGCUCGAGGACCUCUAGUCUUCCUGGGUAAUCAUUUUGGGAU